AUUAUUAGGUGUAACAGCAAAGUUGAAAGAUAUUAAAAUCAAUUAAUCAGAGAAAUUGUACAUGUUCUUAUCAAGAGGUACGACUUUAAUCGGCCUAUUUUCUCUAGUUUCCGCAUUUUUUAUAUUUAGUUCAGCUGGAAGGUUUUCAUUCAAUACAAUUACUAAAAUGGCCCAAGCGUAUACAUCAUCAACAAACACUUACUCUAUGGCAUUUGUAACUGUUCCUAGUAAGGAAGUUGGAGAGAAGAUUGGAUCAGGAUUAGUUGAGGAGCAACUAGCUGCUUGCGUUAAUGUGAUACCCGGUUUAACAUCUAUCUAUAAAUGGCAAGGGAAAAUAGAAAAAGAUAGCGAACUUUUACUUAUGAUAAAGACAAAAACUGAAUUGGUUGAUCAAAUAAGCGAAUACAUUAGAAAGCAUCAUCCUUACGACGUUGCAGAGGUUAUUAGCUCUAAAAUCGACAAUGGAAAUCCGCCUUAUUUGGACUGGAUAGAGAAGAAUGUCAAGUGA